UAGCAAAGCAUGCGAGACCUUAAAGCCCCCGUAUAAUAGCCUAAAUGACCUUACGCGUUGGUUAACUUUGUCUUAGGUCAAGGUCCGGCUGAGACCGCUUACUCCGAAAAACGCGGAAGUGUAACGCACAAUUAAAAACGCAUUUGCUGGAUACUCGCAUAAUUAAAAGCGGCAAACAAGUUUGCUUCUAUUUCCUACUGCCAAGCAAAUAAACGUGAAUUAGAAACGCUUUAAGAGAGCAGCAGCAUAAAUCAUACGCUAACGCAAUGCUUGCGCAAAUUUCACACACACAAGCACACACACUGUGCGAAAUCAAAACAGAGGCGAAAACCUGAGACUCACGUUCAAUUGGGAAUUGGAAUUUAUACGGCUGUCCCGCCGUUUCAGGUCCCAGGCGGCUAAUUGUAGAGCGCAGCGUCAAUGGCGCAUGCGCAACAUUUUAGCCCGCUUUGGGGUUUCUGGGUCUCUGUCUCUGGCGCUUUUUUUUACAGCCCGCUUGCGGUUUCUUUCGUGUAAUUGUGACGCAAUUUUCGUGUGAGUUUGUUUUAGUCUCGCUUCGCCAGUUCACCAGCUUUGCCACUGACUCAAUACACUGAAAACGAAAGCGGCCACGGAGUUGUGAGCCAAGCCAGUUUGCAAUUCGUGUGUGCCUUGUGCAGUGCAUCACCUUCGGACGACUGCGUAUUGCAGUCAGUUGCAAUUCACACGCGUCGAAGCUCAGUUCGCUUCCUACUAAGACUAAUAAAACCAGAAACAAAGCGUUAACUUUACGGUAUAAAUAUUGCAGCUGCCAAUUAAAUUUAGGCCUGAAUUGGAGCGUUACCAGGGGCAGUCAUCCUGCAUUCGGAGUUUGCGUAAUUCUUUGCCUCAUUGCCGCGCUUCAUUGACUUGGGCUGCGGUUGGUGGCUUUCCCCUUUUGUAGUGGGUGCAGCUCUAACUAAUUUCUGCGGCUUGGCUAAAUAAUUAAACCGAACUCUUAAUUGCCCCUUACAAGGGACAAGGCAUAAUCGAAUGAUGGCCAGCUUAUUGUUCAUGGACUUAUUUACUUUGCGCUGUGCCCACUUCAUUGGCUCGACGUCACAGCGAUUUCAUGGCCAAUGUCAGUACAAGUGAAGUGAAGUGAUUUGAACAAGUUUGCCGUACUCACACUCGUACUCGUACUCACAUCUGUAUCCGCGUGCGUAGACAAUCACAAUCGGAGAGGAAGCUAUAAAUUCUCAAUCUACGCUGUGAAGUUUGGAGUGCAAGAAACAUAAUCAAUUUCGCUGUGAGAACCUUCAAAGAUGUCAGCCCAGCGAAUCUGAAGCAAUUCAUGGCUUCCACUUAGACUUCGACUUCGAUAGGCAAUGACAGUGCCAGUGACUAAGCGAUAGAAUCCAGUUGGCAGAACAGCUGGGUUCUGGUUUGUUCUAUACUAUAUGUAUGUACAAUGUACAUAUUAUGGUAUUUCCGGCUGCCUGGGGGCUUAAUUGAUUUUCGUUAGUGCUCAAAGUUUUCAAGAAAACCCUUCCUUUUUUGUUCUCUCUUUUUUUCGUCCGUCUUGGCCCGCAAAACUUUUGAUUUAUGUGAGCAAAUUUUACGCCUGGCGAACGUGGCGUAUGCGUAAUUACGACCACUUGGCACCAAACUUUCGGGCUAAUUAAUUGGGCUUCGAGGCAGCUGCCGAAAGGUAAAAGAAUCGCCCGCCGAAAGGUGCGAAUGAGGCAAAUGCUGCAAAUCAGAGGACUCCGGUUGCCCCAAUCACACACAUUUAGGGGGCAUAAUAAAUGCGAGUGUGUACGUGCUGGGCAUGUCAACUAGUGUUGGGGCAUCUUGGGCCAUCUUGGGGCACCCCAUCACAAACGAAAUAAAACAGUUUGGCAACAUUUUUCAGAGCCCCACCCCCAAUACCCACUAUAUGUGUUGGCCCAGACAAGAUGCUCCAGCUGUGCACCAUCUACGCCUGCGCGAAUGGCACCUUGGGCCUGAAUUUGAGUCGUGCCCCCUGGGACCCGUAUCCGUGGGUCAGCGGGGUGCAGGCGAAGUCGAAUGCGGAAAGGGGCGGCGUCCAGUUGGGGGACACUCUGCUCGAGCUAAACGGAGCCGAUGUCCUUGGGCUGAGGAUCAGUGAGCUGGCCAACCGGCUGCAGGAUCACUGGCAGAGCGGCGCCGAGGUCGUGACCCUGAUGAUGUGGCGCCAGCAGGCGAACAUGGCCCCAAAUGAGGAUCCUGCGGAGGCAUCGCACGCUGUGCAGCACGGAAUUAAUCAACAAUCGCUGCAAAAGUUUGCAACAUGCCUGCAACAUAUUUCCCAAUUACUGGAGUGUCCUGUGUGCCUUGAGGUCAUCAAGCCACCUGGCUGGCAGUGCUGCAACGGACACGUGCUCUGCAAUAAUUGCCGCAGUCGCUCCGUGAAGUGUCCGGUGUGCCGGGUUCCCUUGGGGCCGAGGGGCCGCUGUCUGCUGUCGGACAAAUUAUUCACCCUGCUGGCGGAGAGCUUCCCCUGCGACGGCGGAAAAGCCAACAAGGUGACUGCGGCCCAGGGCCAUGAAAAGCUGAGCAGCAGCGUCAACAAGUGCACAAAUGAAUAUCAUAAUCAACCGAAAAUGGCGCUGGCCAAGACGAGUUCCGGCAAGAAGUGCGGCAAGCAAAUCUCCAGGCAACUGACAGUUUCGGUGGACCAAAGCCCAAACCAAAACCAAAACCCAAACUCCAACCCAAACCCAAGCCAAAUGCCAAAGGGAGCUGGGGUCGAGGCGAAUGCCCAGGCCCAAACUCCCAAUGAAAUCAGAAGGAAAAGUCAGGAGGCUGUCCUGCCACGCUGCACGCUGAUAAAAGUGCAGCACCAGGAGACAAGGACUGCCGAGGAGCUAGGACUCGGACUGGGACUUUCGAGGGAGGGUCACAACAAUAUGCUCGUUAAACCAAAGUUAAAGUUGAGUAAGAAAAGUUGGCGGAUUACAGGGCCAGAUCAAGACGGAUUGCGCUGCGAUGAAGUUGCCACCAUAAAUAAUGUCGAGCAGGUGAGGCAGCAGAAGCAGCAGCAGCAGCAGGAGCAUCUGCAGCAGCAGCAGCAGCAGGAGCAGUAUCAAAAUUAUCAUUGCCCCACUGGGAAAUCAUGCAGCCACAGCCACAGUCACAGCCAGGCGGUGGCAAACAAAUUGUCAACAGAGUCGGCAGGGGCGGAUUUGGGCGGUGCAUCCUUAUCAGCGGGGAGCCAUAAACAGGCGCCGGCAUCCGGAGUGAAUCAGGCGCUGGACGCGGGGUCAAUAGGUCGGCGGGAGUGGCAGCUGCUGCGCCACCUUAGCGCCGAGCACCGCCUGGCGGUGGUGCAAAUCUACGGCACGUUCGGCGAGCGCUUCCACGUGCGCCCCCAGCUGCCCCAGGAGGGCGUGGCCUGCCUGCGGCUCAGUGGACCGGAGUCCUUCACUUCUGGCCACGUCCGAGUGCACACAUUUUUCCUGGCUGUCAUUGCGAUCGGCAAUGAUUGUGGCGGUGGCGACGAGCACGCCAUCUUCCUGUGGCACCAGGACCUGCCACAUGGACCCACUUUCGAGACUGUCAUCGAGACACAAUGCGGACGCAUUCUGUGGCAAGGACCCGUCCAGUCGCUCCGGCGCAGUUGGCCGGAGAUUAGGGCAGCCGGCCAGUUCCUCACCUGCGGCAGCUUGGCUGCCAACUUCGAGGUGACCAUCAACAGCAGGUAGACCUCGCCACCAAGACUGCCCUCAAAGUAUAGUAAUAGUAUUAAAGCUAAUAAGUUUAAGACCACUACUCCUAGUUAGAGCAAACCCGAACGGAAUGAAAAUAAAAAGUGAAAUGUAUGCUUUGUAAA